GCUUAGCUGUCGCUGUGGCGCGUGCUGCUCUCGGUCGAGGCGUGGGCUGGGCGGCCGCGGCCUCUGGGCUGGGAUGAACCGCGCUCCCGGUGGAAGCAGGGCAGCCGAGCCGGAGCCAUGUGGGAAUCCCAACGAGCAGUGGUUUAAAGGAUCAUCGUGCAGGAUAUUUUCACCUUGUUUCCCCCAUCGAGGCCAGCACAGUGGUAGCGGUUGGGCUGACCAUUGCUGCCGCCGGAUUUGCAGGCCGUUAUGUUUUGCGAGCCAUGAAGCAUGUGGAACCUCAAGUAAAACAGGUUUUUCAGAGUCUGCCAAAAUCUGCCUUCAGUGGUGGUUAUUACAGAGGUGGAUUCGAACCCAAAAUGACAAAACGAGAAGCAGCAUUGAUACUGGGUGUAAGCCCUACUGCCAAUAAAGGAAAAAUAAGAGAUGCUCAUCGACGAAUCAUGCUCUUAAAUCACCCAGACAAGGGAGGAUCUCCUUAUAUAGCAGCCAAAAUCAAUGAAGCUAAAGACUUACUAGAAGGUCAAGCUAAAAAAUGAAGUAAAUGUAUCAUGAAUUUUAAAGUACAUAUUAGUUUACGUAUAUGAACGGGUCUGACUUUUUAUAAUAAAAUGGCUCUAAGCUUUGAUUUUUAAAAAUGAUAUAGCACAAGCUAAAUCAAAGCCUUGGUAUAAUUUUUUUGUUUAAAUUUGAGAAUUUUAUAUCAGAUUAUGCACUAGCUUAGAAUAUUUCGAGAUUGUGAUUUAUAGAUAAUGUAUGCCACCUGAACAGAAAUAUACUCUUUUAGCAAAUAA